AUGAGUAGCAGCAGCAAGCUCCUCACGCUGUCAGCAGCAGCAGCAGCAGCAGCAGCAGCAGCAGCAGCAGCAGCAGCAGCAACGGGCAGCAGGCGUUUGGUACUGGAGCUGCAACAGCAGCAGCAGCAGCAGCAGCAGCAACAGCAGCAGCAAACCCUCCAUAUUUGUCUCUUUCUGUUUCUUUAUUUUUUUGUGGGGGGACCUCAUUCAAACCCUCCAUAUUUGUCUCUUUCUGUUUCUUUAUUUUUUUCAACCGCAGCAACAGCAUCACCAGCAGCAGCAGCAGCAGAAGCAGCAGCAGCAGAGCAACCAAACCAACACGAGGAGCAGCAGCAGCAGCAGCAGCAACAACCAGCAGCAGCAGCAGCAGCAGCAGCAGCAACAAUGCUUCCUAUAGGGGCUAUAGAACCCAGGCCCCUCCACCCCCCUUAUGUAGAUAUAGAAGCGCAUGCAGCAGCAGACGAAUCAGCAGCAAGAAGGCUGCAGCAGCAGCUCAAUGAAGAGGGGGGACCGCAGCUUCGUUCCCUAUGUGUACGCCUUCUAUACAAUAUGCUGCAGGGGGACCGCAGCUUCGUUCCCUAUGUGUACGCCUUCUAUACAAUACUGCUGCUGCUGCAGUGUCUGCUGCUGGGGGGCCUUAUCUAUGCUUAUAAACCCGACUGGGGCAGAGAAUGUGACUACAAGGCGAAGGUGUGGUCGCUGGUGUGUGUGGGUCGGGGUUUGCUGCAGCUGCUGAUGAAUUUCAGUAUAAGCAGAGUGCGGCUGCAGCAGCAGCAGCAGCAGCAGCAGCAGCAGCAGCAGCAGCAGCAGCCUUCUCGUGCAUUGUUGUUUGCUUCUCGUUUUGUUUAUUUUUGUGGUUUUGUUUGGUGGGCUGUUGGCUUCCGAAUGCUCUUCUUUAGCAAACCCUGUGAAGGAGGUUCGGCUGCUGCUGCUGCUGCUGCUGCUGAUGCUGCUGCUGAUGCUGAUGCUGAUGCUGAUGCUGCUGCUGCUGCUGAUGCUGGUGCUGCUGCUGGUGCUGUUGCUGCUGAUGCUGAUGCUGCUGCUGUUGCUGAUGCUGGUGGUGCUGAUGAUGAUGAUGGUGCUGCUGCUGCUGCUGCUGCUGAUGCUGCUGAUGCUGCUGCUGAAGAUGAUGGUGCUGCUGCUGAUGCUGCUGCUGCUGCUGCUGAUGAUGAUGAUGACAUAGAGAAUGAGGUGAUAUUAGAUUCUCGUGAGAGCAGUAUUUUGCCUUCUUUAUCUCUUGAGGGUGUGCUGGGUGGUGUUUCUUCUUUAUUGGGGGGUUCGCAGCAGCAGCAGCAGCAGCAGCAGCAGCAGCAGCAGCAGCAGCAGCAGCAGCAGCAUGACACCAGAGCUAGCAGACGCAUGCAAAUCCAAGCCCCAACCAUCUCUAUCAACAGAUGCUGCCCCAUCUGUAUGGUCGACUUAAACAACGAAGAUAUCGUUCUUAUUAUGCCUUGUGAUCAGAGGCAUUUCUUCCACCGCGCCUGUGUCGAGCACUGGCUGGAGACCAGCCAGGCCUGCCCCAUAUGCCGCGCCAAUAUUGUGCAUCUGGUGAUGGGUACUUACGAGGGCCAAGAGAUCCCGGAGAGGCCCACAUCAAUAGAAAUGCAAGUCUAG